GUCACAGGUUGCUCGUAUUCAAUUCCCGCCCUCCGCUGCCCAACCCAAGUGAAUUUCCACCUCACUCGACAAUCCAGAAAGGCGGACCAGAAUAUAUUUCAACAACAUAUUUCCCGUCGAGUUCACUCCAUCGUACCCAUCAUGACCGUCAAUCUCUUGCGCCAGGCUCUGCUCAAUAACGGUCACCCUAGGCUCACUGCCGCUAUGUCGUCCUCAUUUCGCCCGCCCAUGCCCUAUUUUGUCAACCAGACUCUUAAACUGCAUCGCGUCGAACCGCCGCGGCCUCUCUACGGCGUGUACCUGGACGCCCUUCGCCAACAUCCCGAGCGUGAAUCCGAUACACAGCUCAAGAAAUACCUAGAUUUCGUCGAGGAGCAUCGACACAGUCGGCGCACCCCCUUGGAUCUCAAAACCCUGGUCAACUUCUGCCUAUCGACGCCCGCGUUGCCAUGUGUACGACGCAAAGAAACAGCCACUGUCAAAAUCGUCAAGGUACUGGCUGGCAUUGGCGGUACACGAAAUGGCGGCCCUCUGGUGGUUCUCUGCGAGGGGCUUCAAUCGGUCGUGGGCGGCAAAACCAUCACUGCUCUCAAAAUAUGCGACCCUUUGUGCUUUCCCUUCGCCGAAAGAUUCGGCCCUUCCCGAGCUAGAAACAUCGUCGCCGAUGCCGAGAAUGCCGCCACGGUUGAGUCAGCUGCCUUCCUGCAGCUUGAUCACCACAUCGGCGGAAGUUUCAUCCCCAAGUUCCACGGCUUGUGGAUCUUCGACAUGCCCUUUCCCGCGUCUCAUCAAUCAAGCCCUCCGAUGACAAGAAAGGUCUUCGCCAUGGCCAUGGAUUACGUCGAAGGCACUGUCCUGAGCGACUUGGACCCUGCCAAUUAUACCGGACCAGAGCGGCUCCGCGUCGUGGCCAAAGCCAUCGAGGCCUACACCAUGAUCCGUCACCACCAAGUGCGCCACAAUGACAUGUCCCCCCGGAAUAUCGUUUGCAGCACCAAGGACCUCGCCAGUGAGAGGCUCAAGGUCGAUGUGAUCGACUUCGACGCAGCCGAGGUAUUGCCGCUACUUGUGGGAUAUGUUCCGCCCAAGCCGUCCUUACCGUCACCAAGACAGUUGUUUUGGGAGAGCAUUCCGUGGGAAAUGCAGGGUCAGGGGUGGAUACCCGAAAAUUGGGACGAGGACAAAUGGAACGAUUGGCUAAAUGACAAUUUUGCUGCUGUUUGAUCGAGGAAUUCGGAAAUGUACAGACUAGGUACCCAGAUAGAGGAUAUUGAAUUUAGUUGGACUACGUUAGAC